AUGGCAUUAACUGAUAGACGUCCUAUGGCUUUAUCUACAAACACGCCAGUUUCUUCAUCACCUACUUUUAAUCCAAACACUUUGGGUAGUAUCACCACCAAUAGGAAAACCAAGACUAGAAACGAUAGUUUAUCAUUACAUGCUACUGAAAAGACAGAUACCACUGAAGAUCAUAGUGACGAUGAUGAAAUCAAAGAUGAUGCAAGCGAAAGUCAAGAGAAAGCAGGAGAGGAGGACGACGAAGAUGCUGACGAUAUGGAUCAUGAUCUAGAACAAGAUCCCAAACCUCCGAACCAUAACAAAGACGUUAAUAAUCAUGAUCAGGAUCAUGAAAAUGACUCUUCCAACGACUUUUCGGAUGACGACGACGACAAACACUCAAUUGCUUCUGAUUUGGGCAAGAUGGGUCUUGCUAAUGACUCGGAAACAUCUUCAACAUCAAGAAGCACUUCACCAGAUUCGGUAUUGGAUAAGAAUAACAACAAAUCCAUUACUAGAGAAUCCACCCCACCAACAACAACAUCAACUCCAUCUUCGUCACAAGGGAGUGACACAUCAUCUUCAAACACUGCAGCUACUGCUACUGAGAAGCCUUCUACGAAAAAAGUCAAAAAGACCAAACCAAUUUCCAGAGCACCAAUUGCCACUGGUAUCUCCACCGCUAUCCCCGUCACUGGAGAAAAACCGAAACCAAUCCAAGAAGGAGAUGCAUCAUUAGAAGACGAUGUCUUGUAUGCAAUUUUUGUCAUUCUUUAUGAAAGAGAUCCCCAAGGGUUCGGUUUCACCGUUAAGCAAAUUUGUGAUGUAUUGACCGAAGAACACCCUCAAAUUGCUCAAUUAUCAACAAAGACUUCCAAUUUAGUUAGUGCUAAAUUGAAUGCGUAUGUGAAGCGAGUGGAAAAGGGUGAUACUAGUUUGAAAUAUGCCAUUUCUCGUGAUUGGGCUGAUGCAUCACCAAAGCGAAUGGUUUAUGUUUAUCGUGGGUUAUUGGCACCUGGAUUCGAAGUUGUUGCUAAGAAAUUGACUGAUGAAUUGAAGCAACAAAGAGGUGAAGAUAAGGAAAGAGAGAAAGCAGAGAGUGGUGAAGUGAAUGGCGAAAAUGGCGAGGGUGAAGCCAAUGGCAAUGCAGACGCUGCUGUCGCAACUGCAGACACCGUUGGUGCUGGUGCUGGUGCUGGUGCUACCGCUCGCAAAUCUUCAUCAGGUCCCGCAUCUCCCAAAUCUGGUAAAAAAUCCACCAAAGAGAUUGCCCCAUAUGUUGAUGAUUCACUUGAAGCCGGUAAACAAGCCACAUUGGCCAAACCAAGAAGACAAACAAUGUUUGAUUUAGGAGUCACCAAGAAUUCAUUUUUCUCCGACAAUGUGUCAGCUUUUGAAAAGACUAACUUGUUUGUUCCAUACGCCUCAGCCCCCGUUACUGCUGCUUUGACUAAUGACAUCAAUAGUAUGACCACUGCAGGAGCAACGAGGGGAGCAACAUCUGAUAUGAUGGAUCUUGAUGUAGAAGUUGGUACCAAUGACAACAGAGUGGAAGUCGAUGAUGUUGAUUUCGCUGAUGAUGAUGAUGACGAUUUUGCCAAUGUGUUUGCUGAUUCCGAUGACGAUGUAGAGGAUGUUGACACGGAUUACGCCAUGAUUGAAACUAUGCGCAAGAAUGGUAAACGAUCAAAAUCAAUGUCGUAUUUGUCAAUGACUAAGAAAACCAAGGUGUUGACUGCUGCUGCUGCUGCACCAAGAGCUUCUCGUGCUCCUAGUUCACAUAGUCCUAAUGCUGCUGCUGCUGCUGCUGCUUUGCAUGCGGCUGCACUUAGAGCUAUUUCUAGAUCAUCGGCUAGUGGUCAUAAUACCAGCAACAACAACAACGCAAGCAAAAGCCAUACGUCUCCAUGUUCGGAACAUGUUGGCGCUGCUGCUGCUGCUUCCGCCACGUCUACAGCUACACCCCUGACUGGCUCCCUCUGCGCAAACAAAAAGUGGUUGAGUGUAAUCAGAUCAGGGUUUUUGAGUCAAGAUAUCGGCGCUCCUGAAGAUACCAGUUUAUCAGACAUUGAGAAAUUUUUUGCCUAA